GUUGUUGUACGUGAGCAAAUCGUUCUGUCUUUAGACAUUGCUUAGUUGUGUCAACAAUAAAUUAGUAUUUUAUAUCAUUCAUGGGUGUGUAAUCAAUUCUCCGCAUAAAUAUUUUUUGUGCAAUCGCAUUAGUUAGAAAUUGUGAAGAAAAUCCAUAAAAAUUCGCUCAUUUAGUGAGCAUUACGCCGGAAUCGAAAAUGACAGAGAAAAUCACACUAUCGGAUGCACUAUCAAAUGUCGAGGUAUUGGACGAGCUACCAUUACCCGAUGAACAACCAUGCAUCGAAGCACAACCAUGUUCAGCGGUUUAUCGUGCCAAUUUUGAUACAAACUUUGAAGAUAGAAAUGGUUUUGUCACCGGCAUUGCUAAAUACAUCGAAGAAGCCACAACACAUGCUCAAUUGAAUGAGUUACUUGAUGAAGGCCAAAAACAUGCCGUUAUGCUGUACACUUGGAGAUGUUGCUCGCGUGCAAUUCCACAACCAAAAUCGAACGAACAACCGAAUCGAGUUGAAAUCUAUGAAAAGACCGUCGAAGUUCUUGCACCAGAAGUCAAUAAAUUGCUAAAUUUCAUGUAUUUUCAGCGUAAAGCGAUUGAAGCAUUUUCUGGUGAAGUAAAACGUUUAUGUCAUACAGAAAAACGAAAAGAUUUUGUAUCAGAGGCUUAUCUGUUGACAUUGGGAAAAUUCAUCAAUAUGUUUGCCGUAUUGGAUGAAUUAAAGAAUAUGAAGUCAAGCGUUAAGAAUGAUUACAGUACGUAUCGUCGUGCUGCUCAAUUUUUGAAAGUGAUGUCCGACACUCAUACACUCCAAGAAUCGCAAAAUUUGUCUAUGUUUUUGGCCACACAGAAUAAGAUUCGUGACACAGUUAAAGAUACACUUGAAAAAAUUCCGGGCUACGAAGACUUAUUGUCGGAUGUUGUCAACAUUUGUGUGCAUAUGUUUGAAACAAAAAUGUACAUUACACCCGAAGAGAAGCAUAUGCUAGUUAAAGUGAUGGGAUUUGGUUUGUUUUUGAUGGACAGCGAUUUGUGUAACAUCAAUAAAUUGGAUCAAAAGAAAAAACUACGAUUGGAUCGUAUUGAUCGCAUUUUCAAGAAUUUGGAAGUGGUUCCAUUGUUUGGUGACAUGCAAAUUGCACCAUUCAAUUAUAUAAAACGCAGUAAACACUUUGAUCCGAGUAAAUGGCCACUAUCGAGUUCAACAGCAAUUAGUCCACAGGCUGAUCUAAUGGUGCAUUUGCCACAAAUUCGAGACGAUCAUGUCAAAUACAUUUCGGAAUUGGCACGUUACACAAAUGAAGUGACGACCACGGUAAAAGACAAUCCAACCGAUGCUGAAAAUCGAAUAACGGCCGAUUUGGCAUUGCGCGGUUUACAAUUAUUGUCCGAAUGGAGCAGCGUGGUCACUGAAUUAUAUUCAUGGAAAUUAUUGCAUCCAACCGAUCAUCAUCAAAACAAAGACUGUCCCGUUGAAGCCGAAGAGUACGAACGAGCCACACGAUACAAUUACACGGAAGAAGAAAAGUUUGCAUUGAUUGAAGUGAUCGCAAUGAUCAAAGGAUUACAAGUAUUGAUGGCACGCAUUGAAACCGUUUUAUGCGAAGCAAUUCGACGCAGCAUUUAUGCGGAACUUCAAGAUUUUGUGCAGCUUGUAUUGCGCGAACCAUUUCGAAAGGCAAUCAAAAAUAAGAAAGAUUUGAUUCGAAGUAUUUUGAUGUCGGUGCGAGAAUCGUGCGCGGAUUGGUCAAAAGGAUUCGAACCAUCCGAUGAUCCGAUUUUAAAAGGAAAAAAAGAUCCAGACGGUGGCUUCAAAAUAAAUGUGCCACGCCUAAAUGUUGGCCCAUCAUCGACGCAAUUGUAUAUGGUACGAACCAUGCUUGAAUCAUUGAUUGCCGACAAAUCGGGCGGUAAACGAACACUGCGCAAAGACAUUGACGGUGCAUGUUUAUUGCAAAUUGAUAAUUUCCAUAAAUUAUCAUUCUAUUGGAAUUAUUUGCUCAAUUUCAGUGAAACAUUGCAAAAAUGUUGUGAUUUAUCACAGCUUUGGUAUCGUGAAUUCUAUCUUGAAAUGACCAUGGGCCGCAAAGUGAACAAAUGCACGGUUCGUCAUCAGCACAAUGAAGAAUGCAGUGAUUUGAUUACGAUGGAGAAACGUAUUCAAUUUCCAAUUGAAAUGUCAAUGCCGUGGAUUCUAACCGAUCACAUUUUACGAACGAAAGAACCAUCAAUGAUGGAAUUUGUUUUGUAUCCACUUGAUUUAUACAACGAUUCAGCACAUUAUGCACUUACAGUAUUUCGCAAACAAUUUUUAUACGACGAAGUUGAGGCUGAAGUUAAUUUAUGUUUCGAUCAAUUUGUAUUUAAAUUGAGCGAGCAAAUUUUUACGCACUAUAAACAAUUGGCCGGCAGCAUUUUCUUGGACAAACGUUUUCGCGUUGAAUGUGAGGUGCUCGGUUUCAAUUUUCAAUCGUAUCCGCGAAACAAUCGCUACGAAACAUUACUCAAACAACGACACGUUCAGUUGCUCGGACGCUCGAUCGAUUUGAACAAAUUAAUUACACAACGAAUAAAUGCCGAUAUGCAAAAGAGCUUGGAACUUGCCAUCAGCCGCUUUGAAUCGUCAGACAUUUCCGGUGUUGUGGAACUCGAAGGCCUAAUUCAAGUUAAUCGCAUAUGCCACAAAUUGCUCAGCAAAUGGCUUGCACUCGAUGAUUUCGAAAGUAUGUUGAAAGAAUCGAAUCAUAACGUUCUUGCACCAUAUGGUCGAAUUACACUGCAUGUAUUCGUUGAACUUAACUAUGACUUCCUUUCCAACUAUUGCUACAAUGCAGCAACAAAUAGAUUUGUUCGAAGCAAAGUGCAAAUAUCGUUUGCACAGGCAAUGCAGCGUGACAAACCAUUACAAAUGGCACAUCAUUAUCUAUGGGGCUCAAAACAAUUAAAUGCCGCUUACUCCGCACAGUAUGGCCAAUACACUGGUUUCGUUGGUUCGCCACAUUUUCACGCCAUGUGCCGAUUGCUUGGCUAUCAAGGCAUUGCUGUUGUUAUCGAAAUCAUAUUAAAAGACAUUGUUAAGCCGCUCAUUCAAGGGAACUUGCUACAAUUCACAAAAACUUUGAUGUCAGCUAUGCCAAAGUCGUGCAAAUUACCGCGAUGCGAUUAUGGAUCACCGGGAGUAUUGAGCUACUAUCAAGCACAUUUAGUCGAUAUUGUGCAAUAUCCAGAUGCAAGAACUGAACUGUUUCAAUUAUUCCGUGAAUUUGGAAACAGCAUUAUAUUUUGUUUACUAAUCGAACAGGCGUUAUCACAAGAGGAAGUAUGCGAUUUAUUACAUGCUGCUCCAUUCCAAAAUAUUCUGCCAAGACCAUUUUGCAAAGAGGGUGAAAAACCAGAAGCAAAACAAAAAAGAUUAGAGGCAAAGUAUGCUGUACUGCAAAUUGUUCCAAAUGUCGAAAAAUUCGGAACGGCGAAACAAGCUCGAAUUGCACGCGAAGGUGACUUGUUGACCAGAGAACGGCUCUGUUGUGGAUUAAGCAUUUUUGAAGUGAUUUUGGGCCGAAUCAAAGGCUAUCUGGAUGAUCCAGUUUGGAUGGGACCGCUGCCAAUCAACGGUGUCAUGCAUAUCGACGAAUGUUCCGAAUUCCAUCGUUUGUGGUCAGCACUGCAAUUUGUUUAUUGCAUUCCAGUUGGAGCCGGUGAAUACACAGUCGAAGAACUUUUUGGCGAGGGAUUGCAUUGGGCGGGCUGUGCUAUGAUUGUAUUGUUGGGACAGCAGCGUAAGUUUGAGGCAUUGGAUUUCUGUUAUCAUAUUUUGAGAGUUCAGCGAGUCGAUGGAAAAGAUGACACAGUCAAAGGCAUUAAUCUAAAACGUAUGGUAGAUCGUAUACGACGUUUCCAAGUGUUGAAUUCACAAAUAUUUGCCAUAUUCAAUAAAUAUCUGAAAAGCAACGAUAGUGAAGGCUCAAAUGUCGAGCACGUUAGAUGCUUUCCACCGCCACCACAUCCAACGAUGAUGACCUCGCAUUAUCAUGACCCAAACAAGCUACGGCCACAGAACUAAGCAGAUCGGUGAAAUAUAAUACAGCAUUAUUGGAUGAAUAGCAUUUAAGGAAUCACACAAAUUACAUUUAUUAUUAUUAUUUAGACGGCAAAUGCAUAAGAAAGAAAUGUCAAUGUUUCAACUUCAUACUAAUUUAAUAUAAAGAAAUACAAUAUGUUCGGAAAGUCUUUGCAAUAAAUGUUCGAAAAUUGAAAUUGAGAA